AUGAUCGUCUCUCACGUUUCUCUUUUCUUGCAAUCAGGAUCGCAAGCAACGGUACAGUCGAAACUCUUCUAUCCUCGUCGGUUGGUUCAUGAAUGCACCUCGGAAUCAUGCUCAAUCCUCUAUCUGCAAUUAGCCUCGCAGGCAAUAUUGUAUCGUUCAUUGAUUUCACAUGCAACAUCCUUACCGAAAGUAGUAGAAUUUACCACUGGAACGGCAGAUGCUGAGAGUCUCGAACUCGAAGGUAUCGCGGAAAGUCUACGAAAGUUUGACGAUGGAGUGAAUAAUGUCACGGAGAACGAAUUCUCUUCCACAUCGAAAGCAUGCAAAGAGGUUACAAAUGAGCUACUCCAGGCAAUUCGUGAACUCAAACCCAGAUCAAACCAUCACAAGAGAUGGAAUAGCGUGCAUUAAGCUUUGACAAGCAUAUGGAAUAAGGAAAAGAUUCGCGGAUUGCGAGACCGGUUGAACUUUCUGGGGAACCAGGUUACCUUCGACUUCGUUGGCGUCUUGUGGUAAGGAACUUGUGAUCUCGUCUCCUUUUGUUCGGGCAUAAUUGUUCUCGUGGCUAACCUGCCCCAAAAAAGCGCGGGUCAAGAAUCCAUUUCCAACAAAAUAGAGCAACUGCAAACAUCAAGCUCCAAUGCUCUGAAGGAAUUGAGAGAAAAUGCACACAGGGCAAGCUUGAAUAGAGAAGAGGAGUUUUCAAAGCUCCUGGGGGGGCUGGAUAAAAUUAGUGUCCAUAGUGCUUCCAUGCCCACAAAAGAAGACCUCAAGCGAAUCGCCGAUACCCUGACACGUUCGUUUGCUGCAACCGAAGUUAUCUCCAAGGAAGUCGAUAUUAUUCACAGCUUACAGUACAGUUGUAUGUUGGCUAGACACUCUAGGAUCCCUGAGGCACGCAGCAAGACCUUCCACUGGAUUUUUGAUGCGGAGAGGUUGCCCAUGAGCGAUAGCAGACGCAAUAUUGGGUUCAAAAGCUGGUUAGAGACUAAAAAUGGCAUUUUCUGGAUUUCCGGUAAACCAGGCUCGGGAAAGUCUACACUGAUGAAGUAUAUAUGCGACAACCCAAUGACUAGACGAUACUUGAGGCGAUGGGCUGGCGCUUCGACGCUGAAUAUCGCCGAGUUCUACUUCUGGAGCUCUGGAACAGAUAUGCGACAACCCAAUGACUAGACGAUACUGGAGGCGAUGGGCUGGCGCUUCGAAGCUGAAUAUCGCCGAGUUCUACUUCUGGAGCUCUGGAACAGAUAUGCAAAGGUCGACCCAGGGACUGCUGCAGUCAAUUAUCUAUGAAAUCUUACGCCAAUGUCCCGAUCUCAUACCAAGAGUGUGCCGCCAGCGUUGGUUUGCGAAUGAGCUUGAGCGUACAGGGCCUUGGAGCUUUAGUGAACUCAAUAGAUCAUUCGAGUGUCUUCAAGGUUGUGCAUCCACAUCUCAGAAGGUUUGCUUCUUCAUCGACGGCCUUGACGAGUACGAGGGGGAACACUUGGAGCUUCAUGAGCGGCUGUUAAAUAUCGUUAAGUCGCCUCAUAUUAAGUUGAGCCUCUCAAGUAGACACUGGACUGCUUCGAGGACGCGCUUGGGGAUGCGGAUGACCGAAAGAUAUAUAUGCAGGAAUUGACCAAGAAUGAUAUUGAGGUUUAUUCGAUUGAGAAACUCUCACUCCCAGCAAAGUGGGCUUCCAAGCGAGGUGAUCAAGUCCGUCACCGAAAUCUGGCUAUGGAGAUUUUCAAGCGUGCUCAGGGAGUAUUUUUGUGGGUAUAUCUUGUUGUCCGCUUGCUACAAGAUGGCUUGAUAAAUGGCGAUGAUAUUUCAUUGCUAGAGAAUAGGCUUAAAUCACUACCUACAGAUUUGGAUGCCUACUUUUCUCACAUCAUGCACUCAAUAGAAAACCUUUAUCUGGAAAAGCUGGCUUGCAUGCUCCGGGUUACUUUGGCGGCCAAACGUCCACUCUCCUUGAUGACCUACUCAUUUCUUGACAAAGGGUUGAAGGACCAAGAUUUCGCUAUCAAACUCCCCCAUGUUCCUUUCACUGUGGCCCAGAUCCAGCACCAUAAGAGCGAUAUGCGACGAAGAAUCAAUGCAAUCUCCAAGGGGCUGUUAGAAGUGUCUGAAAGUCGCAGAGUGGGGGAAGACACCACUAGAGUUGAAUUUCUCCACAGAAAUGUACACGAUUUCCUUUGUACGAGAAAUGCGCAAUCGAAUUUGGAUACCAUGGCUCCAGAAACUGUCAACAUUUUCAUCGCAAUAAGUCGCCCCUUGCUAGCGAGACUGAAGGUUGUCAUAUCUACCAGGACCAGUGCAGCCACGACUAUGCAAGAAAUUUGCAAUAUACUUGAUUACGCAUCCUUAGCAGAAGAACAGCGUGAAUUACCGGAUCGCCCUGCUGUAUCAGAAUUAGUUUCGAUUGGAGAGAAGAAAUUUGGCCAUUUUCUAGAGCGUCGAACUAUCUUCCUGGAGUACGCCGUAAGAAAAGGACUUGUACAUUAUGUUAGAGAGGAAAUAACCCAGUACCCUCAUUUAGUACCCUCACAUGGUGGUGGCAGUCUAUUACUGAAUGCCUCAUUGGGAAUACAAAACAGCGUAUUACCCUCGUCAGUUCUAAGCAAAGUGAAAACGAGGGCAAUGCUAGAAGUUCUGCUGCAAGCUGGAAUAAACCCCAACGCAAAACUAGGAAAUGUUACGAUAUUCGGCUUGUAUUUACGCCGACGCAAUCAUGAAUUGCUUCCCGAGGAAUUUAGGCACUUGCUGGGUGUCCUGCUGCUUGCUCCAGGGAUAAAUCUCUUAGGAAAUAUCGACCAGCUGUUACCGAUUUCAAAGUCUAGGGAUUUUGAUGCGGUCUUGAAAGAAUGGGAAGAGUUCUUGAGCCAUGGGUUUGAUCCCAACAUACUCGUGGGUGACGGUCGUUCAUUCUGGACCGGGCUUUUGGAGCAUCAUUUCUCUAAAGGAUGCUGGAGUUCUUCAUUCUUGUCAGAGAUCCGGAGAGUGGCAAUUCUCUUUCUUAGAUAUGGUGCAGAUCCUUUUGCAGCGUGCUAUUUUGUGAAAACAGGCGGUACUCUGCCAGCCUUCGAAGUUCUGGAAAAACAUUGUUGUGACGACAUCAUAACCGAAAUAAGCGAGAGUAUCGAAUUGCGGGACAAGUUGAAGAGCAUUCUUAAGAGAGAAAUGGAACAUCUUAGAAGCCGGGAUAGCUACGUGCGGAAGCGUAAAAGGUCAUCUUCAUUGAGACCGCGAAAGAGAUUGCGUUUCGGUGAUUAA